GCCGCACCAGUCCCUCCACACCUCGCCACGACAAGUGGUGCCCCGCCCAACUGAGCCCAACGAUGGAUGGAGUGGCAAACAUCUUUGCCGCGGCGCGUGCCAACGACCUGUCCGCGGUGCAACACAUGCUUGAAGAGUUGGCAGGGAACGACAGUGGCGACGACAACGCCGUGGCAUUCAACGUCAACCGCUUGGUGGACAGUACCACCCACAACACGCUCAUGCAUAUCGCAUGCUCUAACGGGAACCUUGCUGCAUGCAAGUUCCUGUUCAUGCAUGGCAUGUAUUUGAACGAGCCCAACAACCGAGGUCACACACCGUUGUUUUAUGCGGCAGACUGCGGCAACCUCCCGCUGGUCAAGUGGAUGGUGUCCAACGGCGCCGACAUCGACACCGACUACAGCGGCAAAGCGACCACAUCCCGCGGUGACAACAUUGGUGGCAAAAGAGAAGACAACGACCGACGGUACGACCUCGCUUUCACGCCGCUCCAAGUCGCGUGCGUCAAGGGACACCAAGAUAUUGUCGACUUUCUCGUCGAGUGCAACGCUGAUUUGGGGGGCAGUGCGGUGCACGGGGUCACCGCUCUCCACUUUGCCUGCCACCAGAACCAAAAAGGCAUUGCCAAGGUGCUCUUGGACGCAGGCGCCGACAUGCACGCGCCGGACGGCGGCGGCGCGUCUCCAAUGGACCUCGCAUCGGGGCCAACGUUGGCGUUCUUGACCGCGUACGAUGCCCACGAUGGUGACGACAACGAUGACAACAUGGACGGCCCCCGCGCCUCAUUGUUCGGCACACCGUCCAAGUCCCGAUCAACCGCCACCACCAAGCCACCACCUCCCGCGUCGUCGUCCUCCGCGGUGGACGGACCGGACGUGGCGAGGCUGCUCCCCGACUGCAUCGGGAAAACGUUCGGGGCGGACGUCGCGCGGGCCCUCGCGAGCCACGAAUGGAAGGCGCGGCAGCUCGCGGUGACCGACGUCGGCCUCGUCAUGGCGCAGCAGUCGAAUGCUGCCAAACACUUCGACGCGGCAUGCCACGUGCUGCUGGUGGCGACGCGUGACUCGGUCGGGCAGGUGUUUGCGGCAGCGAUGCCGCUGGUCAAAGCCGCGUUCAACGCUGUGUUGACCACGAGCACGUUCCACACACCCGGGUACCACGCCAGCCACCCGAUGAUCGGGGAGGUGCUGGACGCGCUCCUUGGUCGCGCGGCCGGCACCCACGAACGAGACGCGAGUGAUGCUGUAACAUCGCUCCUGUUUUUGGCGUGCAAAAGUGCCCAUGCUACCCAGCACAUGGUGCAGACCAUGCAGACCCAGCUCGCUGCAGCAGCGACGACGGGAGGAGGGUGGCGCCAACACCUCGUGAACCUCCGCCUCGUGACUGCGAUCGCGAGCCAGUAUCGGUUUAGUGCCGAAAGCGGCCUGUCGUUCGAUCAAGCGAUGGCGAUGAGUGCGACAGCGCUCGACCAUUCCAGUGUCAAGGUGCGGUCCGCCGCCGUGGACUUGCUUGUCCAAGCUGUUGUCGUCACCACCGAGCAAGCAGGGUUAUCAGGCAUGGCGGACGCAGUCGUUGUCGGCCAAGUGAUCGACUACACUGACUCUGUCCUGCACCAGUACUUGGGCAACACUGUAAAAUCCAGCGUUGUGGCGACUAUCCACAAGGGUCUCAAAGCUGCCUUGGGCAACAGCAAACGCUUGAGUCGGGGGGCAACAACUACUACCCCCGGGAAGCCCCCCCCGUCCUCGUCGCCUUCCGAGUUGUUACUGCCCAAGAAAAACCCAACGUUCAAAUCCGCAGACGAGUGCUCGGACGCCGACCUUCCGUACGCCGAACCCGUGCAAGACCAAUUCAAAGGCGCGGCGGCCGACGGCAUCUCGACAUGCUUUGGGGAUAAGGUGGCGCGGUGUUUGUUUUCCAAUGCAUGGGCGCCGCGGGUGGAAGGGCUGAGCCACCUUCAAAAACUCCUCCAAGCCAAAAGAUGUGACAUCGCGCCAGCCACCGUCGCAGCCAUCGACGCCGUGCUCCAGGCAGCGUUGAGCGACCGUGUCAAUGCUGUGUAUGAAGCGGGGCUAGCCUUGUUGAUGGAGUUUGUGCUUUCCUAUGGGGGGGGAUCCAGUAGCAACAACUCUGCCAAGCAACUCCAAGACUGCCUUCGGCCGCUGGUAUCUCGCCUUGUCCUCAAAUUGGGCGAUUCGAAACAAAGAUUGCAAAUCGUGAGCGAAGACGCGCUGCUGUUCUUGUCCCGGCAACCGCUGGUCGGCCCCGUGUUUAUUCUCGAUGCGAUGCCGUCGCUGAGUGCGCCAUCAUCGACGUUGCUCGCAAACAAACUCCACGUUAUACUCAAGUUGCUGCUCGAAUUCGGCGUUCACGACAGCACCGGCGGCGGCGCGCUCGGUCUCAAGUAUGUGCUGCAUCCGGCGCUGGCAGCAUGCGAACACAAAGACGCGGCCGUGCGCCACGCGGCGAUCCAGAUCUUCUCGGAAGCGUUCAAAGUGGCACGCCCCGCCACGAUGCCGUUUCUGAACGGGUUGGCCCGGGGCGCGAAGCAGAAACUCAUUGCAAAACUCGUCGAGCUCGGGGUGCUCGAAAGCGAUCUCCUCAUGGACGAAGUCGACGACUUUGACAGCGCCCCAACCGCGCGCCCUGGCACGUCCGGGCCGCGGCCGCCCACCGCCAGUGGAUCGUCGACCAAACAUCGCCCGUCCCUCGCCACCGUGUCCGUGCUGGCUCCUCCAUCUGCCACGUCAUCCACUUCGACUGACUCGGCGCUUCCAUAUGGCACGGCCCUCACUGACGACCAGCGCACCGACUACGCCCGCAUGUUGGCUGUCAUGGGCGAGCCCAUUGUCCGAUGUCUUCUCGACAAGACGUGGGCUCCUCGAGAAGCCGCCGUCCGCGAGAUUGAAAAGCAGGUCCUCCUUGCCGGAGCUGCUCCUACUUCGUCGGCAAGUUCUACAGCAACGACACGAUGGGCCACAGACGCGCCAACGCUGGUCGUCCUCUCGGAAGCCCUGGAACUCGUGCUGCAUGACACCGUUGCACGCGUGUACCAGUGUGCGCUGCGGCUGCUCCAGGUGGUGUCUACGGACUUUGUCCCUACCGUCCCUGGGUAUGCGAUGGUGCUUCAUUCCACCCUCAAACCAGCGAUCGAAGCCGUGAUUCAAAAGUUGGGCGACUCCAAACCAAGAGUACGGUCGGAUUCGUUUGCGGUACUGCACGCAGUGUCGACGCUGUCGCAUAUCGGGCCUGGGCUGGUCGGGGGGUUCGUCAUGGAGCAGUUCCACGCGACCGACGCGCCCGUGGCCAAGACAGAGAUGCUCAUGUUGCUCACGUCGUUGCUCCGGGAAUCCAAAGCAACUUGUUCCAAAGCCAAGGGCGAUUAUAGUAGCAGCAGCAACGCCAGUGACCACGCCAAGGCGGCGAAACAAACGGCGAUGUCCGGAAACCUAGUUGACCUAGCCCAAGUCCUCGACAUAAUCGUCCCAGCACUCGACAACAAACACGUCGACAUCCGAAACGCCGCGGUUGCUGCGUACACGGCGCUGUACGAACUGGUCAAAGCCAUCCCGACAACCAAGACCCCCCCCUUGGACAUCCACGCGUGCCUAGCCCACGUCAAGCCCGCGGUGCGCGAAGCCAUUUCCAAGAACAUUCUCACGUCGUCAUCGACAUCUUCCUCGCCUUCGACCUGUGCUCCGAUGGUAGGUCUGCCACUUGCAGACAAUACCGAGUCGCCAUCAUUCCCCGAGGUUGAGAGUGCGCGGGGAUGUGGCGGGGACGGGAGCCUUGAACUAGACAAAGUUGCAAUUGUGUUUGGCGAAAAGGUAGCCAGUCUGCUAGCCCACCCUUCCACACGACGUCAAGGGCUGGUGCAACUCAUGACAAAGCUCAUGUCGAUGUCAUCCGCUUCACCAUUGUCCACUGCUGCUGGUGUCACGUAUUCCUCGUCGUCGUCAUCGACGCAGAGACCGUGGGAAGUGAGCUGUCUCUUGGCCAAAGCGAUGCUGCUCGACACAAACGUCGCGGUGGUCUUGACGACGUUGCAACUGCUCACAACUGUCGCCGGCACGGGGGGCAAAGAAAUCACCGCGUCUUUGAUCCCGUGGGGGGAGUGGGGAGUUCACCUCGUGUUGGGGUCGACGGUGCGGUCCGUCCUCCAGCAGGCGGCACACCCCGCCGUGCGCGUCCGACUAGCGGUCAAGCAGUGGCUUCAGGUGCUAGUCCACCGCCACACGUUGGGCCGGACGGUCGUCGUAACGGCCUUGCUCGACGCCCUUCGCCAAGCCGCGCAUGUGUCCGGAACGUCCACGCGCGGCAGGCGCCUCCAGCACAUCCGUGUCGGAUGGGAGCUUGUGGUCCGGCUCGAAAUGCUGGACGACAUGCUCCAGAACGACCCACCAUCCGACCUCGUCGCAAUGGACAACGUGCUGCCGUUCCUUGGGGCGUCGUGCGUCGGUCACGGCAGCGCCACCGUCCGCCAGUGGGUCCAAACCCUCUUGAUGUGGUUCCAUAGCCAAGACGCACCGCGACUGACCAAGGCGCUUCACGGAAGCGGCGUCCCCCACGCACGGCAGCUCAUGGGGCUGCUAGCCGACGCCGCUGCCUCCUCGACUGUCGGGUCGACCGACACGGUGCCCCCGUCCGCCGUCCACGUCCGCACGAGUCGCAUGUCGCACGUCCGCCGCGUUGCCGCCCUCCGGGGGGGUCCAGGGGACGACUCCCCUCGCUGCGGUGGCGGUAACAACAGUUCCGACGACAACGAUCCAACAAAGGACGUCGUUAUCCGAAGUACCACAAAGACCCAUCAAAUGCAAAUGAUGGCUACGAAACCGCUGUGGCUCCGCGACAAGACAGACGACACCGAUGGGGCGGUGGCAGGGGUAGGAGGAGGUCCGCUGGGGCGGGGCCUCGGCGGCGGCGCGUCUGGCCUGGUCAAAGCCCGGCGCACGAGUCGCACCCGCAAUAACCACGACGACGACGACGUCGACCAUCACCACAUGCAGGCCCCCACGCCACAGCAACAGCCCCCCCACCGGCGGGUUCAUGUUGGGUUGGCCUAGAGUCUGUUCUGUCCUUCCCCCCAAGAAACUAUACAAUAUAGCUAUAUGUCGCAGUGUAUGUAGCCACGUUUCACCGGUGAUAUCUACUAUGUAUAUCCCCCGCUAUGUAGUGAACGAUCCAAGACUAUACUGUCUGUAUUAUUGCUUUUUUAUCCAAA